AUGGGGUUAGUGUUUACGAGAUUGUUCUCUUCGCUUUUCGGAAACAAAGAAGCUCGGAUCCUCGUUCUCGGUCUCGACAAUGCUGGCAAAACCACUAUACUUUAUCGGCUUCAGAUGGGUGAAGUUGUCUCCACUAUUCCAACAAUUGGAUUUAAUGUGGAGACAGUUCAAUACAACAAUAUAAAGUUUCAAGUCUGGGAUCUCGGUGGGCAGACGAGCAUCAGGCCAUACUGGAGAUGCUAUUUUCCAAAUACUCAGGCCAUAAUAUAUGUGGUUGAUUCCAGCGACACUGAAAGACUAGUAAUUGCUAAAGAGGAGUUUCAUGCCAUUUUAGAGGAGGAAGAGUUGAAAGGUGCUGUUGUUCUCAUAUUUGCUAACAAACAGGAUCUUCCUGGUGCACUCGAUGAUGCUGCUGUGACAGAGUCCCUAGAGUUGCACAAAAUAAAAAACCGUCAGUGGUCUAUUUUUAAAACCUCUGCAAUCAAAGGAGAAGGUCUCUUUGAGGGCUUAGACUGGUUGAGCAACACGCUCAAAUCUGGGGGUGGCUAAACCUUUCUUGUUUCUUCUGAGUUAGUUGUCUCUCUCAUUCUCACACCCCUUUUUCAUAUUUUAAUUGUUAUAUUAUUGUUAUUACUUCUCAACUUUUUCCAUCAAAUCAUGUAAGGUUCUGUUUUUGUUUUGUGGGCGGAUCUUUGUUUUUGUUAUUAUGAAUUUGCAAAUGGACAACUCUUAUAUUCUACUGUUAUCAUUCUCCG